GGGAUGUGCCUCCAAAGAAUGACGAUAUAUACAUAAAAAAAAUGUUUAUUCAACAGUAUUGUAAAAUGGAUUCCGAUUAGAUGGAGAUAAAUGGAUGAAAUAAAAGUGAAAUGCCCUACAAAGGGAGAAGAUGGAAGAACGUGCGACGUUGACCUUUUAUCUUGGUAUAAAAGAUGCCCAGCAUGUGAAAAGAAAGUUGAUCCAAAAUGGUUUACACAAACUCCUGUUUCUGCAGAAAGGCAUCCUCUAGAUGACAAAAAUGGCAAUGCCUCAGUUCCUCCAAAGGAAAUUGAAGUAUCAGAUGUUGGAAACCCUAUUACACAAGAAACCUCUAAUGGAGUCCCAAAUCCAACUACAGAAACAACUGGAAGACCACCGGAACAAAUCCAAGAGAAUACAAACACGCGUGUAGGACAAAGUAAUAAUUCCUCUGCUAAUCAGCCAAACAAGACAACAAGGGUUGUGUUUCAUGCCUUUCUUGCAUCAACCGUGGCCCUAGAUUUGACUUCAAAGAAGGAUCAGAAUCUGUUUGUUGUGUUUGGUCCUACACGUGAUAACUGGGACCAUAAGCCUGAGGGUCUUAUGACAAUUUUUGAAAGCGUAGUAAACAGAAAAAAAGAUCAGCAUGGAACAAGAGUUGUUGCAGAAGUCGAUCUGGAAAAAGAUCUUUUAAGGAAUGGUCUAUCAUACAGAUACUGUUUUCAGAAGAAAGACUCGAUGGAAAAUGAAUUUUUAUUUCAACAGUUCUAUCCGUAUCACAGCGGUGAACGGAUAUUGAGAAUUUCUCCAGAAAUAGAUUGCUACCACCAAUAUGAUGGAUACAUCUAUGCCAAGAAAAGUGGAAAUCGUGCUGUCAUUUUCUUCAAAGAGAUGUUUGGAGUGUCCAAUUCAAGUAUGAUUGAGAUUAUGUGCACUGAUGGUAAACAUGCUUUGAAACAAUAUUUACCAGACAUAAGAAAUGUCAUAGAAAUGAACAAUAAUCCCUCAACAAUAAUAGCCACAAUGGACAAUUAUCAACAAGUAUUCCGAGGGUGUAUUAAGGAUCACUUCAUGCUUUAUCGAUACCAUUAUGACCCUACAAUUUGGCAAAAGAUAAUACUAGAGGAUCAUUUGGGGGCAACAAUAAAUGCUUUAGAAAGUAAUGCAAACAAACAGGAUGAAAAUCAGCGAUUUAUGAAGGCAAUCUCUCUUGUGAAGCUGCUCUAUUGCAUGGGCUUUUCUUAUGACUUACUCGAUUACAGAACUGUCGAAAAAAUCCACCAAGCCCUCUUGCUUUCAGCUGAGGAAAAGAACACUGAGCAGCUGGACUAUGUUGAGAGGAAUUUCUCUACGUCAAUGAAACAGCAGACGAAAAAGGCAUUAAUCUGGUUCCUACAGAAAUCGGCAAAGAACGUCGUAGAAAAAACAGAAAGAAACCCUUUUUGGAUAGCGUGUUUACCCGUUAUUCACUUCCUUGAUGGCUCUCUACAUCCAUUCGAAGAAUUAGAUUAUAAGAAUUUUGACGAUAAACAGAAAGGGUGGUGGUCUGUCGGCGAAUUUGAGGCUACAAAAGAUGAAUUAAAACUGCGAACUUGGUCCAGAUCAAUACCGGAUAUGAUAUCACUAUUGAAACCGCUCUUUAUACUGGAUACAAAGACCCAGAGAGGGUUUAUGGCGUGCUUAGACUACCAGGACUUAGAAUGGGCUAUGAUGGAAGAAUCCAUUUUGAUAGAAAUCAAGUUGGCAACUUUACUUCAUUAUUUUGAUGAUGCGAAAUAUUCUUCUCAGAUGGAUAAUCUUGGCAAAGGAAUGGAGAAGAUAGUCACAUGUUUCAAGAAUUUGUUGGAAUCACUGUCAUGUAAAGCAACCAUCAGAAGGGACUUGAAAGACAUCCCCGAAAGAUUUAAAAUUCAGCAAGAGAAGUGUGUGGCCAUACUCUCGAUAGGAGUACAAAAGAGAAGGAUAAUAAAAGACAAAAGAAUGUUGGUAUCUCUCUUUCACUGCAAUAUGCUAUCCUUAGCGGUUUUGGAGAAACAUUGCUCAGAGGCAGACGUGGAAUUGAAAAGUUUACAGAAAAGAACAACAUACCUAAUUAAUGACAUCUUACUUUGUUUUGGAAAUGACUUGAGCCUUCAUGACUUUGCAUUGUCAAUCUUGGGGAACGUAAAGCAAACUGAAUUGUCUGUGGAAUGGAAGGAAAAUUGUCUGUUACAUGCAGAGAACAUGUUUAAAGCGAUCGAUGACAGGAAGCGAGUCGAGAUAUAUAGCAAAAUCAUGAAGGACUGUCAAUCAGAGUCAUUAAGAAACCUCUUACAGAAAAUCCUGAUGGAGUCUAUCGAUGCUAUUCUUGAGGGGGAUCGAAUCUGUACUCUUCUGAAUGACCUAAACGUAUUCGUUUCUACAGAUGUCUACACAUCACAGUUUCUUUCAAAGAUAUUUUCAGAGAUGUGGAAAAUUGAAUUAGAUGCAUCUGAAAAUGAAUUUAUCCAUCUAGCCCUGAACUCUCCAAUUUACCCUAAAUGUUUGGAGGCUUAUUUGUAUAAAACGAGAGUUUUUGCAGAUAUGAAUUCCGCUGCAAAAGAAAAGCUACAGCGUUCUGUAACGAUAAUGAAAUCGUUGUUUCAUAAGCUUAGCAAAAAUGAUCUGCACAUUACUUGUUUGGAACUUAUUUGUUCCCGAAAAGAAACUUUUAUUUCUGUUGCAACGGUGUUUGAAAAUCAUGAAAACAUAAGCAUGCCAUUGACAAUUUCUGCACUGAAUAACAUGCUGAUGUGUCGAGAAAAGGAUUUAAAUUUUGCUGAAGAAAUCAUAACUACUGUUGAGAAAUUGCAGUUCCUUUUCAAAGAUAUUAGUGCAAGAACCAAUAUCCCAAUCAAAGAAAUAGAUGAUGCUGGUUUGCGAAAUUGGAAAAUGCUGGAAAUCCAAAAUGUGUGUAAAAUUCCUGAAGAAAGCAUAGGAUGUAGCCAAUAUCAACCAAAAGUAAUUUUAUUUCAAGAUUUACUCAGUCGUUUGCAAUCUUUUGUGAAAAACAUUGUUUUCUACACCGACAGCAAGUCCUUUCAUAAAAUUUUGCGAAUAACUGCUCGGAAUUUCAAAAACGCACAGAAUUUUGGAUUUGAUGACGUCGUCGACAAGAUUUUGAUGUGCACGAAGAAUAUAUGGGAUGAUCUCUGCACAAAAAUUGAAAAUGGUACCAUAUCUAUUCGAGAGAUUGAAAAAUACGGUUUUAGCGAGUUAUCUGAUGAAAACUUAAAAACUGAAUUGGUUGCCAUGAACAGAGGUAGAAAGCAUUCCUGGAUCAAGGAGAGGAUAGAACAGUUACAUCGAUUUAGACAAUUUUCGAAAACAGUUGCUGUUGCCAAACUUCUUCUGGAUGUAAGAGGCAAAUACAGUGUGGAUGGAUCAUUUGAAAAAAUGGAACUCAUUGCGAAUUCAGAAACCAAGAAAGACAUAUCACUCACAGAUCUGAAAAUAGAAGUACAAACAUUCAACGAACGUUUGGGAAUGAUUAACAGCAAGCAAAAAGAAAGCAUUGUAUCUUUUCUUAGAUCAAGCGAGCUAGUACAAUGGUUAAGAGGAGCAAUGCCAGGUGGAGUAAAAGAUCUAAAGAUAUAUGCAGAUCUGGCUUUGUUGUCUGUUGAAGGAGACGAUCAAGUUGGGAGGGUAACAACAUUGCAUUCAGCAACAAUAGGCUAUUCCCCAAUGAUAUUUAGUCUGGGAAGCAUAAAUGGAGAAAGUGAUUUGAUGUUGAAAUGGGAAGAAGUUUGGCAAAGUCUUGAGAAAGAUGAUUCUCUCCCACAAAAACUGAAAAUAUCAAAUGAUGUGUUACACUGGUACAUAGAAAUCAAGGAAUCACACGGCUCUGUUGAAGUUACUUCACUGAAACAAGUUGAUGCCAUAAAAGAACGAGGAAUCUUCAAAGUUGGCCAUUAUCGAGGAACAGUUGUCAAAAACAAACAUCAGCUGGAACUAGAUGAUGUUAUUUGGUUACACGUGCCAGGAAAUAAGCACGUAGGCACCUCCUUUAAAGAAGAAAGAUCAGAUAUUUCUGACACAGAACAAAGUGAUAGUGAUGUUGAAAUUGAGGAAGAAAGUAAUUCACUGAAACUGCUUAAGCAAGAAAAACUGAGAAAUAGAGAGGAGGGACGUGAUUAUUCAUUAGGAGAAAUGACUGACCUUCAAAGUAGACUGAUGCUUGUGACAGGAAAAGCAGAUGCUGGAAGGGAAAGUAUUGAAAGAUUUACAUCGAUAUUUGAUAAUGUUACAAGACUUGGAAAAGUUUUUAUUCAACUUCACGCAUCUGGAUGCAUCCUGUUUAAACAAUGGACUUUUGAAUUUCAUUGUAACCAAUCUGCUGGAAGUAGCGUGCUAAUCAGCACUAACGAUAGGUCGGUCGUGAAAGGUACAAAUUUUCCCAAAGUCAGCGAGGAUUCAAAAGAAAUACAAAGCAAUGUAAACGAAUACAUUCGAGGUAUUGCAGAUUUUUUAGAAAAAUGCUAUGAAGAAUGGAUAAAAUAUAUCAGAGAAAAAAGAAGUACCUUCUAUCCUCUUAACUUUUUUACUGUCGAUCAAAUGGUUGUUCUGCAGGAAGAAAUUGCACAAAUCAGAAAUGGAAAUGGGGCAACGAAAUUUCUCUGCCCUUUAUUAUCUCUGGUUAAAUCUAAUUGUUCACUUCGACCGGAUCUAGAAGAUGCCAUAAAUACUGUACAAGAAAAAUUGUUGACUCAAGAGCAAACGGCUAAAAUGGACGAUGUGUCCGAAAUGAAAAGCCACGCUGAGGCUAUUCAAAGGUUUUUGAAGGUCGCCGACCAGGCAAGCGUUUCUCGGAAACAUGCUCUGCGUGCGAUCAAAUCACAGGAGUUUGAUAUAGAAGACACAAGUGCCGGGCUAUUGUGGUGCUUGACAAACGACGAGAAUGAAGAGGACGAGGAAAAUAGCGUUUUAGACCAAACCACAGAAAAAGAUGAGACAAUAAAAGACAGUACAAUUGGUGAUAAAAUGAGGGAAUUUAUGGAAGAAUUAGAGGAAAAACUGAGGCAACAAGAAAUAGAUCAAGUGAUUCUGAGUCUCGAUCAAACAUGGAAGAAAUUUCUUGACUGUGCAUCUUCUAGUGCCACAGACUUCCUAAGCAUUGAUCACCUUGGAAUGAUUCUGGAAACUUUAUAUGAACAAGGAAAUGGUACAAUAAAAAGAACAUUGCUGGACCCAUUGAAAUGCGGAAAACCAAAUCUGAUUGUAUGCCCACGGCGAGAAAUUCUUCCCAUGGUACUAACAUUGUAUAUGACGGACCAAAACCUUCCUUUGCCAUCAAGAAAUGAAGUACUGUUAUGCACAGACAGUACAACAAAAGAAGAGGUUACUAUCUUCUUCAGAAGGGCGUUAUUUCAGAACAAAGAGGACCCAAACAAACUUCUAUUUUGCCUAAUGAACGCUGACAUGCUGCAGUACGAUGCAAGUGAACAAUCCCUGAAGGAAGUCACUGAAUAUAUUAAAGCUGCCAAAGGAGACUACAAACUCGUCAUCAUUUGUGCAAGUGAAAAUGAAUACAAGUCACCAAUGGUAUCCGCGCUAGAUAAAUUUCGAGCAUCAAAGAUUACAACAGCCGCACCUGCAAAACUCCGGGAAUAUUUAAGGAAGAAAUAUACUAUUGAAAAUAUUUCAGAGGCAGCAGCGUCCAUUGAUCCUUCUAGAUGCUGCGUUCGAAUAGUGAAGUCAGAAAGAGCUGGAUUGGGUAAAACUUUGUAUAAAAAUCGAUUGGUUGAAAAACUAUUAGAAAAACACACCAUCGGAGUUGGGGAGGACUUCGCUUUGUCCAUUACUAUACCAAUAAGCCAAAAACAGAUUGACAAAUCAGAAGUUUCAAAGAAGUUUCUUGAAAGCACCAUGCCAGAUGAUCUGACGUUUCCUCGAAUAUUUCAUAUUGACAUUGCUUAUGGGGUCGAAAGAUUCGUAGGAGCAAUGCUUUUUAACAUUCUUAUUCUUGGAAGUACGGUAAAUGACAGUGGAUAUGUGUUUAGGAGGUCAGAGAAUGACUUGUUCAUUAUCGAAACAACGCUCCCAGAUGACCACGAUCAAGCUAAAGAGUUCAAUGCUUCUUGGCAACUGUUAAACAUUCUUCCGUGUGUAACAUGCAUAUCACCUGAAGAUAGUCUUAGAAAUGUGAAUGAAGCAGGUGCUCAAAAUUCUGAAUUUAUGGUUGGUUUCGACAAGAAAAAGUUCCAGUCCGAUGAGUGGCAAAGACCAUUUCAUUAUUUAAAAAACAACGAUGCAAGAACUGGAAACAUCCCAGUAUUCAAUACACACAGAAAAGGGGAAAAUAUGAAAGAAUGUUUGUCUGUUUUAACAAGACAUUGUUGUUUGGAGGAUCCAUCUUGGGCAGAGCUGCGAAACUUUGUACAUUUCCUUAAUACACAACUGAAGGAUUUCGAAAAAUCAGCGUUUUGCGGAUCAGGCCUUUCGCAGGAUCUUCCUGGGUUUCAAACUUUUGUUCUCCGCUUCCUUAUUCAAAUGUCAAAGGAUUUUUCAACGAGAUCGUUGGUCAUGAGUGAAGGAAAAACAAAUUGCAACUCGGAUUAUGUCGAAGAAGUUGGCGAUCUGAAUCGAAGAGAGAAUGAUGAUGUUCCUGAAAACAAUGCUGAUCUUCAGCAAUUUCAGAUGCGCCGAAGAUGGGAAACUAGUGCGCAUCCAUACCUGUUUUUCAAUCCGGAUCAUCACAGUCUGACUUUCAUUGGAUUCAAUAUAGACAGAGCAUUCAGAAAUCUCGUUGAUCAACAAACAGGAGCAAUACUGGAAAAAAAUAUAAUGAGUCGUCAGUUGUGGGAAGCACUGCAAAGAAAUCGUGUCCCAUUACAAGAGGACUUUAAUGGUUUAAGCAGAAAAGAUAAAAUCGAGAGGCUUUGUAGCGUAAUUGGAAACGAUAUGCCACAAGACCCCGACGACACAUAUGAGCUGACAACUGACAAUGUAAAGAAAAUGCUGGCGAUUUACAUGCGUUUCAGAUGUAAUAUACCAGUUAUUGUCAUGGGGGAAACUGGUUGUGGAAAGACUUGUUUGAUAAAAUUUCUUUGCUCACUACAAUGCCCAGCUGGCCUUGAAGGAGAAAUGAAUACAAUGACUCUGAUGAAGGUGCAUGGCGGUACAUCAAAAAAGCACAUCAUAGAAAAGGUAAAGCAGGCAGAGUCACUGGCUCAGUAUAAUUGUGACAAUUAUGGAAAGCAUAUCAUCACGGUUCUUUUUUUCGACGAAGCAAAUACCACAGAGGCGGUUGGAUGUAUUAAGGAAAUAAUGUGUGAUGGGACAAUUGAUGGGCAACCACUUGCUCUAAAUACAAAUCUAAAGCUUGUGGCAGCUUGUAAUCCGUACAGAAAACACUCACAAGAAAUGAUCGAGAGACUAGAAAGAGCAGGUCUUGGUUAUCAUGUCAAUGCUGAUGAAACGGAUGACAAACUCGGCCGUAUACCAAUGCGCCACCUUGUGUACCGCGUCCAACCACUUCCACAAAGCAUGUUACCACUGGUUUGGGAUUUUGGACAACUAGACAACUAUGUUGAGAAAUUAUACAUAGUUCAAAUGGUUCAAAGAUGUGUACGGAGUGGCAGUUUGCCAAAUUUAAAUAGAAAGGCGGUCAACAUAAUAAGCAGUAUUCUUACUGCUUCACAGGAAUUUAUGAGAAAACAAAAUGACGAGUGCAGUUUUGUUAGUCUUAGAGAUGUUGAAAGGACACUCAAAGUAUUUGGCUGGUUUUACAACCAACACGAAAUUUUUGCUGCUGUAGAUCGCCUUGAAGAAAGCGAGGUUGAUGAAGAUAUUGAUGAAAUUCCAAGACCUGUUGGAGUGCAUUUACAUGCCCAUGUUAUGAAAAUGACCAGAUCUCUUCUACUUGCCCUUGGAGUGUGUUACCACUCAUCACUUAAAUCAAGGGAGAAAUAUAUAGAAUACAUAACUAAGUUCUUUGAAUCACCAUUACAACUUUCCGGGGGAGCACAAGAAAUGGAAAGGGAAAUAACAAGGUGUCAGAUGGCAUUUCUACACAAUGUGAAUCUCAAUGACAAUAUUGCAAAGAAUCUUGCACUAAGAGAAAAUUUUUUCAUGAUGGUGAUAUGUGUGGAACUUCGAAUUCCCCUUUUUUUGGUUGGAAAACCUGGAAGUUCGAAAUCGCUUUCAAAAACCAUUCUUGACCAUAACAUGCAAGGCAGGGAUUCACAAACAUCACUGUUCAAAAGUCUCAAACAGAUACAGUUGAUUUCGUUUCAAUGUAGCCCAUUGGCAACUGCUGAUGGGAUUUUGAAAACUUUCAAACAGGCCAGUAGUUUUCAAAAGAACAAAGACUUAGACAGAUUUGUAUCAGUGGUUGUGUUGGAUGAAGUUGGACUUGCCGAGGACUCGCCCAGAAUGCCACUUAAGGCAUUGCACCCUCUAUUGGAAGAUGGUUGUCCUGAUGAUGAGGAGUUUGAAGAAUACAAAAAGGUUUCUUUCAUUGGUAUAUCAAACUGGGCUCUGGAUCCAGCAAAGAUGAAUCGUGGAAUAUUAGUGCAGAGAGAAGUUCCUGAUGAGCAAGAUCUUGUUGAAAGUGCAAAGGGAAUUUGCCAUUCUGACAAUGUUUAUCAACAAAUUGAACACCUCAUUCCUCCCUUAGCCAAAGGGUAUCUCCGUAUAUUUGAAAAGGCAUGCAACUGCGAAGCAUUGUUUGGUAGCUUAACAGAAGACCAUUUAAAGGCCAGAGAGUUCUUUGGACUGCGUGACUUCUAUAGUCUUGUGAAAAUGAUCUGUGCAAUAGCUGCUGAAAAACGAAGAAGUCCAGAUCAGCAGGAAUUAGUUAUCGCUAUUAAACGAAACUUUGGAGGUCUUGAAGGACUUGAUCCAGUUCAGGAGUUUGGUCACUUUUUGCCAGAUUUAUCAAGAACUCAACUCGUACACAAAAUUACAAAGACGGAUACAGCAUUGCUUCGUGAAUGUCUUCGUUAUGAGGAAAACAAAAAAGAGUCGAGAUACAUACUUCUAUUAACGGAAAAUUAUGGGGCAUUAAACCUUCUUCAUCAACUGAUGGGAAACGAGGAAAAUACACAUAUCAUAUUUGGAUCAAGUUUUCCAAGAGAUCAGGAAUACAUUGAGAUCUGUAGAAAUAUCAACAGAAUCAAGGUAUUCAUGGAAACAGGAAAAACUGUUGUUUUGUUGAACUUGGAAAACCUCUAUGAGAGCUUAUAUGAUGCUUUAAACCAGUAUUACAUGGAAAGUGGACCAGAUAGAUACAUUGAUCUUGGACUUGGAACCCACAGAGUUAAAUGCAAAGUUGACAAAAGAUUCAGACUGGUAGUUGUAGCAGAAAAGAGAAUUGUUUACAGAGAAUUUCCAAUUCCGCUGAUAAAUAGACUAGAAAAACAUUUCUUGACAAUGGAAGGGAUGCUGACCGAUAUUCAGUUAAAAUUAUCGAAGAAUCUAGAGGAGUGGGCAAAAGACUUUAUCUGUAGUUCAGACAGCAAAAGUGUACGAAUAGAAGAAGUUUUCAUUGGUUACAACAAAGAUACAUCCGCUGGCGUCAUUCUAAAAGCUUGGGACAUGCUCACAAAAGGCACAUCUAACGACGAGUUCACAUUCCAGAAUAACGUAAUGGAGUCAGCAAGAGAUAUUUUGUUGUGGGGAUGUACUCCAGAUGCUGUGCUGAGACUUAAAACCUCAAGACUACAGAUUUUUGCCGACGCAUAUUUUACACAGUACUUUAGAGACCAAUGUCAUGAAAGUUUGUGCGAUUUUCUUCAAUUCAGAAAUGACCAUGGAGAAUUUGGUGGAAAUUUUAUUCAGAUUACGACUCAUUCAAAGCUCAUGUCAGUGGAAGACAAAAGAGCACUAGAAAGGACAUUGCCAUUUUUGUCUGGAAAAAUCGCUAUCCUUUCGCUACAAGCAUUUGAUACGGAACAGCAGUUUUCUUAUCAGAUAAGAGAAACGUCACAAAAGGGAACUAGCCUAUUGCUUGUACAGUGUGACACAGGAGAUGAGAAUUCUAACCUUGUAGAAUGUGCUAGACACUGCGUACAACGAGAAAUUCAAAGCAACGCCUUGAAUUUAUGUGUUAUAUUUCUGGUUCAUUUGUCAAGAGUCAGCAAACAUUACUUCUCCGGAUUUCAGACAGGGUUAUGGACAUCGGUCCACAUUGACGAGCUACGUUCCUCCUCACUUCCAAGCAUAGAAACGCUAAUGUCAAAGACAAUCUCCUCAAUUUUAAUGGAAAGUCUUUCCUUGAAAGAAAACUUUGUAGAAGAAUCUGGGGAUGAAACUACCAAUCCAAAUGUCAUGCAGGAACGCCAUGCAAAUUUGCGAACAAUUCUGUUUAAUUGCAUACAUCCUGCAUUAGCAAGUAUCGGAGAACUAGAUGAAGAGGAAGGAAGGUCCAUUGGAAGAAUAAGGUUCAUUUUUAAGGAACUCAGCAAGAACAAAAAUUUGAUAGAAGGGCAAUUUGGUCAUGGACUAAUGAAACAUAUCGUGACAAUCCUGUCAAAGCAAAAUAUGGACAAAGACCUGCAAAAUCAAUCCUGGAUGCAUUCGGAAGCUGCAACCGCUGCUAGUAUUAACAAGACUGGUACUUUAAGAUCAAGUUGUUUGAAGAUUAUUGAGGAAAAAGUGACACCGCUUCUGGCAAACAUCGUUGCUUUCGUGGACACGAAUAAGAACAUUUCGAUUCUGGAAAACAAUAGCGACGAAAUGAACUGGAUAGCAAACAUGUGGCUUGGAAUAUUCAAUAAUAUGGAUGUUGAUGCAUUUGGAAAACUGAAAGUCCCAAAAGUGAUCAGCACCGGCGCAGGACAUUUGUUUACAUCAAGUUUCCCAUUUUCAUGGCUGAUAUAUGAUAUAGUCGAAAGGCUUAUUCUUGUGACAUCAGAAAAUGAAAUAGGAAAAACUGCAGAAGAAUUGUUUUUGGAGUCAAGCAUCGGGAACUUCAUUAUUCAGAAUUUGAUUCCUGAAAGAAUCAACGAAGCAACAAAGCUCUACAUGUUGGAUUUUAUUCAUAUGGCUCACAAUACACGAUGUGUCAAGGAGGAAAAAAUCGUGUGUGAAUGCCUUCGUAUCUGCUUUGAAGACGGUAUAGUACAUAAAGAAGAUAAUUUUGCCAGUCGGAUCUUUUGCAUUCAUGCUGCAUUUAGGAAAAUCAAACCGAAACUAGAGACAUUUUCAGAAGUGUUAAACCUUGUCUCAGAAGCAGACGAUUCAUUUUACCAAAAAGUCCAAAAUGACUGCAAGGAACUGGAUAUCAUGGCUGUCAAAUAUCUUCUGGAUGCUAUGGAACCUAACGAAAUGUCUAUAGACACUCAAGAAGGACAAAGAAAGUGGAUACAAAAUGUUCAAAGAUAUCGCCCUGUGAUUGAACAACUGCUUCAUGGAAGUAUUGGUGAUCAGACAACGGGUCGUGGAAGACAUAUACAGGUUCUCAGAGCAAAGUGGUCAAAGGUGGUCGUUUUAAAACUCUUUGUUCAAAACCUUUGUGUUGAAACACAUCGUGAGAGGCUUACAGCGCAGACCUGUAAAAUACUGUGGAUGAUAAUGGGAGAUAAUACAAAUUUGAAAGAAAAAGCUACCUUAGAAAAACUGGAAAAAUUCCUGAAGGCAUCUAACAGUAAAGCCAUGACGGAAUUCCUAGGGAAAUUUGGCAAAUGUAACAACUGUGAAAAACCAUUUGAUUCCUCUCCUCCGGUUGUGCUACCAUGUAAACAUAGAAUAUGCAGAGAAGAUUGUUUCAGUCUAAUAAAUGCGUUGCCAACCGAAGAUAAAACUUGUCCAGUAAACAAAUGCUCCAAAAGUAUACCAGACGAAUUCAAUGAAAACGAGACCCCAGAAAAUCAAAAAGAACAGAUGAAGCUUUUCAAAGAAUAUCAGGAGAAAUGCAAUAGAUUUUAUAUGCAAGUUGUAUCUCAGUUGUGUUUCGAAGAUUCCUCACCACCGUCUGAGGAUGUCUGUAAACACCUCCUUCAGCUUGUUGUGCAUAAAAAAGAAAUUCCUCAGUUAAAUAUGACUAUAAUAAGAACCAGGCAGAUGACCAUAUUUGAAACAGUUGUCGAUACCACGCCCGUGUUUCGGUCAUUCUUGCUUCAGUUGCUGAUCAGAACCAAUGAGGAAGUGGUUUUCAGACACCUGGAUGAUUUUCUCCAAGAAGCGGAUGCUAUAUUUCAAAAAAGUGGAAACACAAGUCAGGAACUGGAUUUAUGCCUCAUGCUGAUCCAAUGUAUUGAGGAUUCUCUGGUAGAACAGUCCGCGAAUCUUAUCCGUUAUCGUGAAAUAGAAUGCAUAGAAAGUUUGAUCAUGAAUGUCACAAAAAGCUUGCAAAGUAAAACUAGGGUCAUUGACAAAAUUCAAAGCAUUGCAGCAGCAAGAUUUUGCCUUGAAAUGAUAGCAAAGUAUUUAAAGGAGAGUUACUCAUCGAAGUCUGUAUCAGAAAAACGUUGGUUUGAAGAACUUUUCAGAAAAGCAGCAAUCUUAUGUGAUUUGCCCAUUGAUCAUUUAAGAGUGUUCCUUCUCACUCACAUAUGUCGAUCGUAUGGCCUAGACUUGUAUCACUCCCUAUUGAAGUCAGAAGAAACCUGGAUAUUUCCUUUUCAAAAAGCCGAAAAACCGAUGCAAGAAUGUCCGGAUUAUUUCAUUGUCUUAGGAGAUACCUACAGGGAAAUAAGAGAAAAUAUUGCAGAAUGUCUCUUAGUGAAGGAAAAACGUGUCCGUCUAAAGGUGACUGCACGUUCCGUUUCCGUACAAUUUUCAUAUUUGCUGGCUCUGAUUAAAGAACUGAAAAUGAAAGAAAUAUACUCCAACGGAGAGAUGGAAGUGACUGGUCAGUUUGUAGAAGGUCUCAAAGGAGAGUUUACUCGACAGAACUUACAAAUUGUGCUGACAUUUUUGGAUGAUGUUCUGGGAGACUCGUUUGCAAAGUCUUGCAAACAUUUGCAAAUUCGAUACCACCAGGAUCUUAAAGGCCAAGGAAUAGUCCUGCUAAUUAUCCACUUUUUAAUGGUUCUAAAAACCCUGUCGUCAAAUGAAAUUCUUCAGCCAUUUGUUCUUUUGGCUACACAUCCUAAAACAAUGAAGGGCUCCUUUUUACCAACAAUGCCUGAAGAAGGUUUAUCAGCGGAAAUCAAAGCAGAACUUCAGCGGAUGGAAGAAUUGGCCAAUAAACACUACCAUACUGUGACUUGGUAUAGAUGUCCAAAUGGUCACCCAUAUGCUGUUGGCGAUUGUGGAAAUCCAACACAGUUGGGACAUUGCUAUCAAUGUAAAGCUGAAAUAGGAGGACAGUCUUCUAAAUUAAAAGGAGAUAACGUAAAGGAUACCGGAUCUGACUUCAGUCAACCAGGGCACAUUUUGGGAUCACCGGACGGGCGGGGAUCACACGCCAUGUCAGAGAGAACAUUGUCGCCUGCUUCUACUACAUUGCUGCGAUUGAUUACACACAUAGCGAUGUUCAUUGGAGCCAAUGAACACUUAGAUGAUGUGUGUGGCCUUAUACAGCCAGUCAUUCCAUCAGACAUGGUCCCUGACUUUCUUUGGGAGCAUAUCAGUAAGGACAUUGAUAUUUUAAGGACUUCAUUAGACCGCAGCAUCGACGACUUGUUUAUGUUUCUGCACUCAACAAUACAAUCGUUUGUGGAGAAUGACACAUCAUAUUCUGGGAUCAGAGGUAGAGUAACUAUGCAAAUGCAGUACGACCUAUCCACCAAGAAAGGAAGAUCUACUUGGGAGACAGACAUUGAUAGGAUGUGUAUUUCCAGGAAAUUACAGACACAUCAAGAAUUCUUUGACCGCUGCACCGAACUGUUGUCUAACGAUAGGAGCAUUGGUUCGGAUCCAUUUUUGAAAUUAGCCUUCAACAAAAAUACUAGUGACUCAGACACGUUUUCAAUGGCAAACGUGGAACUUUCUCCAUCUGUGUGGCAACAUAGGAAAAAAGUUACUUUCGAACAAUUUGUUCAUGAAUUUCAUGCAAUGAUAAAGGACAGGCGGUUUCUGUUCGGUGAUCGAUACUUUGUUCUGAACAGGUUUUUACAACAGGAAUUUUAUCUUCGUCACCUACACCAUAUUCCAAAAGUUCUCCAGAUGCAAAAAUUACUCCUAUCAAAGUAUGGUAGACAAAUCACACGUGAAGAAGCGACUGAAAUGACACUUCAGAACAGUAUUGACCAUUUUCAUGAUGAUCCGGCUCAGGAGAUAAUUGCCCAAGGAGUUUCAUCAGUAUGUGAACUCUGGAAUAGUUUACGACAUUCAAUUGCACUUGUUUUACCUUUUGAAAGAAACGAUGAAUUACGCGCUCUCCUACAGCGUGACAUAUGUACUGAAACUGACAGUCUUCGGGUUGUGUUACCAGAAAGUCAAGGAAUCGGUGUCUGCAUCCGGAUUAUUUUCGAAUUUUUGAUCGGAAAACAAAAUGAAUUUAUAACAGCAAUUAACUCAAGAUUUCAGAAAUCACAGAAAGUAACGGUGGAUGAAUUGGCACCAACACAUUUCAUCGGCUUUAAGAGGGAAACUGACAUUUUUCCAAUCGUCCUAGCCAAUUGUAAUUAUACAUAUAUGCAAGAUGAGAGCACAAAAGUAGAAUACGAUUUUGAGAACAUACAAGCUGUUUUACAGGACAGGAUACUAUUUGGAAAGGCAGUUAUAGAUACAAGUGGAGGUUUCACAUUGAUGAUGUAUAAAGCAGAUGCCUCAGUAUCGUCAAAAUUCACUUCUCUCGCACUGAAAGUUCCACAGGAAGCAUUAAAUAGAGGAGUUCAAAGUCAAAUAACAAUGGAGUUUUCAGACUUGCCCGAUGUUUACAAGACAAUAGGAAAUAUCGAUACUGUGGUGAAUUUCCUGCUAUCUAUGAACUACCCACCAGACCUGUUGCUUAAUUCGUUCAUGGAGGAAACAUUACAGAUGAAGCCGUUGUCUAGUCAUAAGGCUGCUCAGUGUUGCAAACUUUGCCACGUCAAGUCAUUAUGGUUUUUACUUACCUUUGAAAAGACAAAACGUCUUCACCACAGUGAAAAGGAGGCCUUUGAUAGCAUCAACAAAUCUAUACAAGAAGAAAUUCCCGCAGAGAGUAACAACGAACUGGACAUUUAUCUCAGUGAACUUUCUCUGGAAAAGCUGGAGAUCUUUCUGGAGCAGCUGCUAGAGUGCAUUCUCUUUACUUUAAACUGUGGGGAGGGUGACAUUGGCUCUUAUCAGCACAGGUUGAGCGACUCCCUCAUGGUACAUCUAGAAAGUCCAGAGUAUUUGGAAGUCGACUUGAAAUCUUUCCGGUUAGAAGACUUAGAGGGUUUGCCUGCAGAUAUACUGGCUGUGCAUUCAGUAGAAGUUUGGAAGAGAAUUCAUAGAUAUAUCCUCAGUGGAGAAUAAAUUUUGGAGAUGAAUGAUCUUGCAAAAGAAACAGAUUUUAUCAAACUAUCCAUAGACAUCAAAUUCUGACAUGAAAAAUUUACAUUCACUGGGGAAUUCGUUUGAUUUGAAUUUGUUUUAUCGAGUGAAAUAUUAAAAUCAUUGAUAGGAUUAAGUAUCAAGCAUGGCUUAUAAAUACAUGUAUAUGACCCUUCUCCAUUAAAAUGAAUUUUGUUUUUGUUCGCAAAGGAUAAAUGAUCAUUAUUAUUGAUAACCUUUCUUAUUUAACCAUAGAUUAUGUUUUGUUGAAAUAUUAUUAUGUACAUAGAUAUGUGAUAUUGUAUUUUGUUAAUAAAUGCAUAAUUAAAAAUAUAUUCGUCAAUACUGAAACGCCUAUACAUAAAAAUAAUUAGACAUAAGAUAGCUGAUAAAAAUUAUGUAUUAAGUUCUCAUUUACAUAUACUUUGAUUUUCAUAAAUAUAUAUUGAUAUACAUGCAAAAUGGGAUGUGAUAUAUACUAUCCUUUCAAACAUGUAAAACAUUUGCAACAUAAUGUGUUAAACGUAUUUUGAAUAUACAUGUAUAUAUUUUUGAUAUCUUUUAAUUAAUGUAUUAUUUUGAUUUAUGGACAUUGAACUUAAAGUAUGCAUGCAUCAUUGUCAUUAAACUACUUUUACGUUAGGCAAGCAAUAUGCAUUACUACUUUAUUUGUAAUUUCUGAGAUAUAUAUACAUUUAUGUAACCCCCAAUACAACAAUUGAAAAUACCAUUGUAUAUUCAAUGGUACAAACAUUUGAUUUUUAGUGAACAAUUUGUGCAUGUGAUAAUUUUAAUAAGUCUAUUUAAAACAUGACACAGUUGACUGAAACUUGCAUUUUUUCAAUAACAUUGUUUUAAAAAACAUACGAUGGUGUCUUUUCAAUUUUUAAAUCAGGAGAGUAAUAUGCAGAUCAAUAUGCAUAGGCAUUUGGAACUUAACAACAUACAAGUAAUCAGAGAUUACAGAGCUAACCUCAACGAAUAUUGUCUUUAUGAUAGGCAAGUCCCGUAAUUAAUCAUCUAGUUAAAACAAUUUUUGCUUGAUUGGUCUUGCACUUUCUUAGGAAUAGACUUGCAUGUAUCCAAAACGUACACAGCACACUCAUUCGCAAAAU